AAUAACUUUAAUCAUUAGAUAAAUCAACAUGAACAACACUACGAUUGUAUACACAACAUCGUUCCCUGGAAGGGAGUCGGAACUUUCCGGCGACAAUGAAAACAUGGAGACUAAAACCUGGAAAUUGGACAUAGAAAAUAUAACGUGUAUCCGAGAAGACAAUGGUCCUCAAAUUAUAGAACUUGCGUUUGCAUCAGCCAGUUUACCACUUCAUCUUUUCGUGCUAAUAGCUAUGAUAGUUCACAGGGACGUCGUGAAACGAAACGUUGUUAAUCUUUACGCCGCAAAUGUGAUAUUGAGCAGCGUAGUUGGCAAUGUUUGGAGGAUAUUGGCACUAUCAGGUACAAUAUCGGAGACAGAACUCGUUGAAUUUAAAACAAAUAUUACAGGAUCAAGCAUGGACGUAUCCGAAACUUUAAAAAAGUCGGUGUUGCUUAUUAUGAUACUAGUAACUUCCGGCAGCAUAGCACUUGUUAUCAAUGCAAUGAGGUCAAUACAAUUCCGAGUUCACAGAACUGUAGGUGGAUUAGCAAACAUAGGAACCGAGGAAACAUGCCCCGUCAGAAACGAAAAAGAGAAAAUGACGUUAACUAAAAAGUUAAGAAUAAGCUUGAAGAAUCACCCUCGAAUGUGGGCUGUUUUGAACAUUAGUAUUAUCUGGAUCAUUCCUCUACUUCUAAUAAUAUUUAUGGUUGUAUUUAAUUCAUGCAAGUAUGUUUGUCAUUGUUCUUACAACCACUAUCCAUCACUACCUUAUAAUGGAACAAAAUGUGAAAAUUCCGGAAAUUACUGUUCAAGCUUUAUACCCCCAAUAAGUAAACUAACUCUGGUUGUUGGGUUUGGAACGUGGAUAGCAUAUUUCUUAAUGCUGACACUUCUUUUGGCAAAGACAUACAGAGAUCUACAGCUUCUCACGAAACAACGCCGUAUUGGAAGUACUCGUAUUUUAACUAGCGAUAAACAUGAGGAUGGUGUCAAUAACACUGAAUUGAAUGGCAAAGAAAGCUCUGAAAAAGCUUUGACAUCUGAGAGCCCCGACAUGUUAUCACCUCAUCAGCCAAGUCCGACGAAAAGUAUUGGAGAAAGCCCUACACCAAAUCAAGGAAAACCUCAAGUGAAAAUACAUAUUCUGGAAGACACUGCACCAACGUCUCGGCGAUCGGGCAGUAUCUUUAUUGAAAGUUUAAGAAAAAAUUUCAAACUUCUUUUCGUUAUGUAUUUAGCAUAUGGCAUCGGCACAACCCCUAUGGGAGUUGUAGCUCUCAUUGACGGAUCAGUUGGAGACAUAGAAGAACGAAUAAGAGAAGGCAUUAUUGUACUCGUACUACUUCCUAUGGUUGCCGAAUUCAUCUGCACGAUUAUGCUAUGCAUGUAUCUUUCUGGUGUCAAAACUGCAACUAGAUCUCUCUUGGUUAAAAUUGGUAGAUGUUGCUGGCCGUAAUGACCGGCGUCAAAACAGCAACUGAAAAUGGCAUAUAAUGCGGGACCUUUUGAAACAUUUGAUGAAAGGGCGAAAGAAAUAAUCUCGAUCACAGGCACUCACUAUCCGAUUUAAUAACUACCUGGGUUCAGCGUAAUGCCUGAUUUUGCAUGCCGUCCACGAAUGCAGCUCAAACUUAACUGAAGAGUUACAAAUAGAUUUCCCACGCCGUGCCGACUGGUAUUAAAAUGUUUGUGACAGACAAAGAUGAAAUUCUAAAUAAAUUGUAUUUUAGGAUUCUAACUGUUCAAUGAGCAAAAUAUUUCAUUUCUUCCUUUAUAGUCUAGCUUUCUUAAUUGCAAAAGUAUAUAUAAUAAGUUGAACAUCCUUUUUCCAGCUUAUAUAAUUAAAAUGCAUUGCCCGUCAUAAAUUCCUUCACCCGAAAACAUUCACUCGGACAUUAGCAGCCUGAUCUCGAGGACGUGAUGCGGGAACUUCCAGCGCGUCAUAAAACUACAUGCGGAUAUAUAAGAGGAUGCAAUUUUUGAAGUUAAAAUAGCAAUGUUAAAAUAUUGAACAUUAGCAGCCGGAUAUCGAGGACGCGAUGCGGGUAGUUCCAACACGUCGUAAAAAUACAUGCGGAUAUGUAUAAGGAUGCAACGGUUGAAGUUUAAUUUGCAAUGUAAAAUAUUGUAAUAAGUCGAUGUGAAGUGCGUUCACACACCCUCAAUAUAAAUUACAGGUCAAUCGAAGAAGACAUCGAUAGAUAUCACUCGUAUUAUACUUAUUGACAGCCUUAUAUGCGCGUAUUUUAGGUAUAUCACUCAAUUAUAUUAUCAAAUGCUUUAAUGAUUUACGAUCACAAACUAACCAAUUUAAAAUCUUUCGUGAAUUUAUUUAACCCAAAAUAGUCAAAAAUUAUUGAAAAUGUUAUAUGAACAAAGUAACUUGUGUUUGCAUCAUUAUUUAUAAUUUAGUGCGUGGGUUACUAUUUUGUGUUCAUUUACAAUUAAAUGAAUUCAUACGAACAUUGUAGAUUUCAAAUUGUGAUUGUAUCAAUAUGCAAAUGUGAUGAACGAGUUACAUUUAAUUAGUAUGGAGUCAUAUUGUUUACCAACUUACUACAUUUUAAUAUAAAAUGGCUUUAGCGAUCAUAUUUUCCUUUUCUGUCGCUCCAAUAAACUGAAAGUGUAUCUUUGCAAUGUUCCGAAUGGAAGAAUAUUAUUAAUAAAUGUUUUCUUUUACUUUCUGAUUUAAAUAAUUUGUUAAUAAUAUAUAUAUGAAAUGUUAAA